CCGCGAAUGAAUGAAUGAACGAACGAACGAAAGAACGAAUGAAGAAUCGACGACCGUUUGUACUGUUGCGAACGGGGCUGGGCCUGUCUGUGGCUAUGUGACCGGCUCUCGACCGAUGCUGAAGGCUGUUGGGACCGAUGGGCGUACGUCCGCGGAGAGAGAGUCAGUCCAUCGGACGGAGGGAGUCGGGGCAUUAUCCGCCUGGUGCCUGAGAACGAUGGAAUGGUGGUAGAGAGAGAUCGUAUGACAUGACUGUACGUUCUGGCACCACCUCCCCCUCCCCCCAAUCGAUCUUCCUGGUCGGAUCGUCGACAUUCCGCGGGGUCUCUCUCUCUCUCUCUCUCUCUCUCUCUCUCUCUCUCUUUGCUCCAGUGCGUGCCUGCCCCGAGGGAGGUAGGGAAGAAGAUGAGAUGGGGUGCGGAUGCAUUUUCCGAAGCAGCGAGAAAUGAUCCGCUUCAAGGAUUGAUGGAUCGACUGACUGUCUGUCUGACUGACUGAUUGAUCGAUCGCGUAGAGGCGGAGGUAUCGGCGGCGGUGGCGGGCGGGGAUCAUCAAUCAGUCGAUUCGUUUCUUGAUGGAUCGCUCGCGUUUGUACUUGGGGCUUCAGGACCUGAGAGGAGGGGCGUGCCGUGCUCUUGAUGGUGUUUCUUCGCAUUGACUCCCUCGCGUUCGGUUCUUUGGGUUUCUUUCUUUUCUCUCUGUCCCCCUCUCCAGUUAGCGAGCGCCGGCUCAUUGGACAAGGACGAGAGAGAGGCGGGCAGCGAGGGCAUCGAGAGGGGCUCGUUCGUCGGGAUGUUUGGCCAGGAGGCAUGACGGAUCCAUUCGGGGUUUCGAUAGUAGCUGAGAUUUGAUCGCAGGGUAGUGACAGGGAAGGACGGAAGGAAGGAAGGAAGGGCGGGAGUAGGCAUGGUGACGGUGGCGGGCGCCUGGAGAGAUCGGGUCCAGUAGGGAUUUAUUAGAGAUACUGUUGUAGGGAAGAAUUGGAUUAGUGCGCGAGGGAAAUGGCAAAUUGGCUCAGUUCCAGAUUGAAAGCGGCCGAGCAGCUCCUGCAGCAGAUUGAUCAACAGGCUGCAGCAACUCUGCACAAGGAAAAGGAUAAGGACGGCCAGAGCUCGUCGGGAUUGAUAGAGGAGAAACCUCCGGAGAGGCGCUCUCAAUCUCUGCGCAAGGAGAAGGAAAGUUAUGGAUCCCCUUCUACGUCUGAUCAGGCUUCGCAGUCGUCACGAGGACGGGGAAAGCUCUUCGAUCGCCCCGUGCAGUCUUCGAAACCCGGAGCAGGCAGGAAGACCGCGGGCGAAGAGCGACCGCAGCGAACGCCCGGCCAGAAGUCGUCCAAGGCCUCUUCGUCUUCUUCAUCGUCCCAGGGCAUGGUCGCCUCCGAAGGCCGAGACGAUUGGGCGGAGCUUUUAGGGUCGACGGACUUCGUCGGCAGUACUCCCAUCUCUCGUUCUGGCAGUUCGAGAAGCGGCGAUCUCGACUCUUACAGUCCUGCGUUGAAGAGCAAUCGGACGAAGACGCCGGUCAGUGGCAAGAGCACCGGCGGAGGUCUCACCCACUCCUCCAGAACUAGCUCAAAUGGCGAUUUGUUCUCUAUCACACCUUCGAAGCCAAAUGCGCAGCAAUUGACGCCGGCGAAGAAUUCUUCCAAGAUCUUGAGGGUAUCUUCGUACACGGCCGUGGAGAAGGCGAAUAAUGCCGGUCGAGAUGAUCCGGAGAAUCCAAUUGGAAGAUCUCUGCACGAUAAGGGUGUGGAAAAGGACUUGAAGACCAGCACAGCAGCAUUGAGUGUGGGGAACGAGGAUGUACAAUCCGCAGGUGAGAUUCUAUUGACGAAUGGAGACGACCUCAAGAAGGAAGUAGAGUGUAAGGAACAAGUCUUUGAGAAUAAUGCGGAGAUCGAAGGGGUUAGGAUCGAUGCACCGUCAGGGAAAAGGGACGAUGCUAUGUCAGCUGUCUCCGAGACAUCAGAGAUUAAGGAAUUGCGGCAGAUUGAUAGCGAAAUAUCCGAAGCUGAUGGUAGUGGAGUUGAGCAGCGAGUUCCCCCGAAUGAAGACACGAGCUCGUCCAUCUUGGAUGAGGCUGAUGGGCCUAUUGCUUCGGCCGAAGUCGCCUCGGAGGGGAUCGUGAAUAGAGGAGAGGUGGAGCUGGUGGAAGAUGAGUAUGCCACUAAUAAUGGACUGGGUGGUAGCGCUGGGGAGGAACACGAGAAUGGCCUUUCGGUCGUGGAGCUUGCCGCUCGCCUGCAGGCGACAGGAGAUUCUCUUCGACAAGAUGAUGGUGGGAAUGAAUCGCAAGAAGAGGAGGAGGAGGAGGAUGAUGAAGAGGAAGAAGAUGGUGGAGAAGAAGAAGAAGAGGAGGGUAAGUUGAGUGUCCACAGCCUGUCACUCAGCGAAGAGGAAAGCUCAGAUUCUGGUACAGACGGAGAUUCGGACUCGGACGACUCGGAAUAUGAAGAGAAAAGAAGACUGAAGAGAUUGGCUUUAAGGAGAAAAUUGGCGAAGCGUAGGGCCAUGGAAGCGAGGGCAGCUGCAGAGGAGGCCGCGAAGGUGGCAAUCAAAGAGCGAGAAGAUCUUGUGGAGAGAAUGCAGCGGGAGAAGGACAGUUUAGAGGCUUUACUGGCGGAGGGUGAAGAACAGCACGUGAAGAUGGCAGCUGAGCUGCGCGAGAGCAUGAUGGAGGUGAUGCAGCUUCUAGAGCAGGAGAAGCAAAUGCACAAUAACACCCGAAGACAAGGUUUGGAACUGGAAGUGAAACUCGAGGCCGAAAACGCUGAGCUUGCGAAAUCCCUGGCUGCCAGCCAGUGGGACCUUGAGGAAAUAACGUCACAGGUAUCAAAAGCCCGAGCUUUGGUGGAGGCCAAGGUGGAUGCUUGUUCAGACUUGCAAAGAGAGGCAGCUCUUCUGCGCAUCAGGCUUUCUCGUCCCAACAGAUCCCAGAGGGCCAUAGAUGACGCCUUCGAGGCCGAAUCCAUGGAGGAAGAAAAGUCGAGCAUGGUGGCGAAAAUCGAGCAGCUGCAGCAGCAGGCCGAGGAUCUGCAAGACAGCCUGAAACGACUGCUGGACAGGCAAGUGGCCCCGAGCAGCAUCCAGCUCGAGUUAGAGAGUCAGUUGGCUCAAAUCACCGAUAGUCUUAUACAUAAACAGGCCCAGGUUGAAGAACUUUCUACCGAGAAAGCCACACUAGUUUUCCGAGUUGAAGCAGUGUCCAACACUUUGCGUGAAGAGAAGUUGGCUCUCGUCUCUCGUUCAGCGAAACGGAAUCCCAAUAAGGGUGCCUGGUCGGAUUGGUCCUAUUUUGACGAAGAUUUGGAAUAUGGAUUUGGCAAGACGUACAGCGCUAAGGACAAGGGCUGGGACACGGAUGAUGGUAGAUAUGAGAACGUGACCGAGGCAUCUCAUCUGCAGCCAUUUCUACGUUUGGUCCGACAAGUCGAUGGUCUUGUAAUGGGAGCUGCCUUGGUUCUGCGCAAAAAUGGAAUGGCUCGAGCUUUUGCUGGCCUCUACCUUCUCGCCCUCCAUUGGUGGGUCGUAUUCAUUCUCUUCUCGCAUCCUGCAGCGCCCUCGGAUGUCAUCUCUGGUACUAGAGAUCCUGUUUUCUCCACUUUAGGUGACGUCCACUCAUCUUUGAACCAUAGCACGGGAACUUUCCUAUAAUUUCUACCCACUCUGUCAAUAUCAGGUUCUUGAACCAGCGGCCAUCGUCUGUCAUGAAUUCUGGAGCAUCUGGGCUUCAGGAAUCUGGGAGCUGUCGGCGACUUGGCUUCUAAAAUUACGUAUGGUACACUUCGAAAAGGACAUGACUAUUGGAGGAUGAUAUAUUCUGCAAACUGAUGAUGUCGUCUAAAUUCAACCCUUCCUUCCUGCGUUGUCGGAUUUACAUGUAAGCUCGUGUAGAUACGCGUUCUUCUUCAGGAAAGAUCUUCUGAUUGUAACAGCUCCUCGGGUUCCUUGGCGUCCUAGUAACUGAUCCAUCAGAUGUGCAAUCCGACUCCGUUCACAACUAUGGCUCUAUGUGCGUUUCCUGCCCUCGGAAGCAAACCCCAUUACAUGUAAAUAAUACAUUUCACCAAUCACGCACUGUGGUGCUCACUCAUCUGUAAGCAGAUGUCCGCUGAUAUGCGUUGAUGUCGCAGGGUUGCGGUUAGAUGAGCUUCAGGAAGCCAUACUGUAGUUCAUUAGCAACUGUUUCGAAGGAUAUCAACGGAUGCUCGUGGUAAUUUCACAGCCGAGGUUUACUCCAAGCCGUGUGUAUACUGUUCUACCCUCCUGAUUUCCAUGUUUGCUUGUGGCUACCCUGUUGCCGUAUUUAAUGACCCGAGGAACUUGGAGGCA